AAAAAUGAGCACUCGCAUUAUCAUAAUCUCUGCUGUUGCUAGUGUACCAUGGGAGUGGAUCAGGAUGUAUCAGAACGAGGUAGCAAAGAAGGCAUCUACUUUGUAUCAGGGAGUUCCUGCUGAAUGUUUGCCGCAAGACAUUGGUGUAUGGCUGUCAAUCAAGUCAUGGUUGUCAUGGCAGUUCACCUGGGGACAUGACCCUUGUUAUAAAUAUCACCAUGCUCUGAUAGUAGAUCCUGUAUGGGAGGUCACACCAGUUAUGGCUGUUUGUGCUGCAGUUACGAGAUGCUUAACUAAACCCUUAGAAAUUAUAGCUACUGGGGUAGGACAGAGUCUGCAGAGGCUGUUCACCGAAAUACCAUCUCCAUGGCAACCAGUGAUUCUGAUUUCUGUACUUCUGAUUACAGUUUUGUUUCUCAUCAUGAUCUGCAACUACAGAUUCUCUAUCCCACUAUUCAUGUCUCUGGAACCAAAACGCAGAGAUAUGCCACCUCGAAGACGCAGUUCGCGCAUCAAAGCAGCAAAUAGUACCAACAAAUAUAAUAAUCUGUCUUUGUGUGCAACACCGAAAAAUAAAAGAAUUGUUGACAAUUGA